AAAGAAGAAAUUGGUUAAAAUGGAACUUUACUCUUUAUGCCAGUCACAUGCUCUUCUUCUUCUUCUUCUUCCCAGAAACAUUUCACAGAUCCAAAUCUCAAUUCUCACCUAAAUUAAACCCUAAACAUUCAAAUUCAAUCAUCACCACUGUCCAUUUUCCAUGGCAAAUGCAUGGAAAAGAGACAAACCCUCUCGUUUACUCUCCCCAAAGCUUCUUUUUUUACUCUUCUCUUUCACUCUCCUCUUUCUCUUCUUAUACUUCAUCUUCCUCACUCCUCCUUCAAACCCUAACCCUAAUUUCCUCACCUUAAACACCAACUUUUUCUCUAACUCAAUCACCCCUUUCGAUUGCAUCAAAUCCCCACAAUCUCACCCUGUUGUCGCCAGCGUCGUUGAAGGUGUUCGUUACCCGUUUCUCUUCUCGCUUUCCGAUUUCGGAAACUUACCUGAUAAACCGCAUAAGAAUAUUGUCAGAUUGCUUAAAGGGAAAGCUUUUAGGAAACCUGAUAUUUCGGUUACUGUUCAGGAGGUGCUUGAGAAAGCGAAGAGUAAGGGGAUGGAUGGGUUGGUUGUUGAUGUGGGUGCCAAUGUGGGAAUGGCGAGUUUCGCGGCAGCAGUUAUGGGGUUUCGUGUUUUGGCGUUUGAGCCUGUGUUGGAGAACUUGCAGAAGUUAUGUGAAGGGGUUUAUUUUAAUAGAGUUGCGGAUUUGGUUACUCUUUUUGAAGCUGCUGCUUCGGAUCGUCUUGGUAACAUUACCGUUCAUAAGUUGGUUGGUAGGCUGGACAACAGUGCAGUUUCUGCCACAGGAGCAAAGUUGGCAUUUAAGUCCAAUGAAGAAAUAGCUUUUCAAGUACGCACUGUUCCGCUGGAUGAAGUGAUUCCAGCAUCAGAGCGUGUGCUUCUGCUCAAAAUAGAUGUUCAGGGCUGGGAAUAUCAUGUUCUCAAAGGAGCUUCAAAGUUACUCUCAAGGAAGGGAAGCCAAGCUCCUUAUCUCAUAUACGAGGAAGAUGAGCGUUUGUUGCAGGCCAGUAAUAGCAGUGCUAAAGAAAUUCGAGACUUUCUCCGUACUGUGGGUUAUCAUGAUUGCACCCAACAUGGCACCGAUGCACACUGCACCAAGAAGGAUUGAUCGUAAUUUUGGUUCAGUUAUGCAGACUCUAGAUGGAAAAUCAAGUCAUUCCUAGUUUGAAUCAACACUUUCCAGUUGACCAACAUGGAGUGUUAGCAAAUUGUUGAGCAGUGAACAAUUCGAUGAAUUGAUUGUGGAUAAAUGAUGGAAACAGUUGAGAUAGCUGGCAACUGCACUGCUAAUCGUAAGCUGCUUAACAACAUCAUCAUGCAAAAGCAUCCAUUCAAGAUGCAUUACAUUUCAUAUGAUUCUUGUGUAGAUCCUUCGGGUUUUCGUGAGGUUUUGUAUACAAGCUUUUAAUUGUAGGCAUUUAUUAAAUGUACGCCUUAAGUUUCCAAUUAAAUUGAAACCUGUGUAUCAGAUAUUCAGAAUACAAAAGCUUCUCAUGUUUGAUCUGUCAUAA